AGAAGAAGAAGAAGAAGAAGGAAGAAGAAGAAGAAGAAGAAGAAGAAGAAGAAGAAGAAGAAGAAGAAGAAGAAGAAGAAGAAGAAGACGGAACUACGUGGCCGGGGCUCGAGAAGGCUGCGCUUUCCCCCCGAGCGCCCAGUCCCCCACCGCGGCGGCUCGCCGGCACUGCGCGUCGUGGGCGCCUGCAGCCGUGGGAGAGCCGCAGACGGCCUGGGGCGCGGGACCUCGGGGCUGGCGGGCACUCGCUCGCUCGCUCGCCCGGGAAAGGAGGGAGAGUCUGCCGGUCCGCGGCUCCGGCUGCGUUGGACGUGCGUUGAAGGGAGCCGAGCUGCAGACUUUGGCUUUUGCUCCGGCUGAUCCGGGGGACGCCUUCGAAAGCGGAUCGGAAUUCAACCGAGGUCAAGGAUGGAUGCCGCCGGCGGCUGCUGCUGCUGCUGCUGCUGCCGAGGCGCUGGCUAAAGCGGGAAGCUCAGCGGCCGUCGGUGCGAAGGAUGCCCCGGCUGAAGCGGCUGCUGAGAGCCAGGCUGGGCUGCCGGCGAUGCUCCGCCGCGCAGUGCCUCUUCUGGGGCGUGUGUUGGGCAGUAGGGGGCGGCCUCUUCGCCUUCUUCUUCCUGGCGCACGGGGGCGUCUUCUCGGGGCGAUGCACGGACGAGCAGAGUCGCCGGAUCCUGGCGAAGCUGUGUUUUGACUACAGGAUGGGCAUGUUGACUGGGGAUCUUUGUGAAGACUUAUGUGUGACCCAGACUUUGACCUACAAACGCUGCCUUUAUUAUGACCAGGGAAAGAAGGUCAUUCAAGCUGACUGGAGAGGCCGCCCUGUGAUCCUAAAAUCAAAAAAUGAAAUAUUCUCUAGCUACCGUGGCCUUGCCUUUUUGGAAGAAAUGGAAUCACAGGGAAUUUCAGAAACGGACCUGCUUCUGAUGAUUGCUUUGGAAGUCAAGAACACAUUGGGCUUGGAACUUCCUAACAAAACUGUGGGGCCUUUGUGGAAGAAAAGAGGCCCACAUUGGAAAGCACAGCUAGCUAGUUUGUGGUCUUUACUCCAACAGGAAGAGUACAUUUAUUUCAGUGUUUUGCAGGACAUCAGUAAACAUGUUCUAAGGGUUAUCGGUUCUUGUGGCCACUUUUAUGCUGUGGAAUAUCUGACAGCUGGACAUGCAUGGCACAGUACCCUUUUUUCUGUGGAAGAUGCUCUUGGUGCUUCCCUUUCUGGGAUUAAAAACAAAGCCAAAGCCAUAAUUCAAAUUGCAAUCAGCUUCUUGGAAAUGGUGAAUCAUUUUGACGAUGACUUUUCUUAUCCCCUUCAUCUCUGUGAUAUUAAACCAGAAAAUUUUGCCAUCCGAAGUGACCUGACGGUGGUUGCCAUUGACGUAGAUAUGGCCUUUUUUGAACCUAAAAUGAGAGACAUCCUCGAACAAAACUGCUCAGGAGAUGAAGACUGUGUUUUUUUCGAUUGCUUUUCCAAAUGUGAUCUGAAGAAUGGAAAAUGUGGGGCAGAAAGAGCCAAUACUAACCUUCAAGUCAUCUGUGAUAAAAUAUUUCGGCCCUGGUUCACUCUAAACCUUGGAGGAUCAGCCAUUUCCUUUCCCAUGCAGCUGCAGUUACAGCAGGCAGUGCAUGAUUGUGCACAACCAAGGAGCAAGGAUAUUUCCAACAUGCAGAGCAAUUCUGCAAGUUCUUUUUCUCAGCUAUACAAUUUGCUCCAAGCCAGUCAAAAGGAACUUCAAAAAUCUAAUCUAGCAGAUUCAUCAGUCAUGGUUACCCAGGAAACAUAGCUUUUUCUUAUUGCUGUUGCUGAAUUAAAUUAUUUUCUACUUCUUUUUUAUUUUACUAUACUUUGAAAACCACAACUGAGCUUGCUGCAUAUAUAUUGGAAUGAAAUCCUGAUUUAACAGACCUAUAUUCGGUAGACUUUGGAUACAGUGGACCAAAUUUCUAUUUGGACAGCUCCUCUGAAAUAACAGACACGUUGAUUGCAUAUAGUUGUUUGUAUAAGAGAGUUAAAUUUACACUAAUUUUAUCUUAAUUUUAUGAUACAACAAUUUAUAUCAUUUGCAUAAUGAUGUCAUUAUGUAAGUGAUGUCAAUGACUGUGAAGAUGUACUUUUGUAUUUAACAGGCAUUGGGAGUAACAAAUGUACCCUUCUCUCCCCAAUCGGUCCAUUAAAUUCAAGUUUAGCUGUAUUAAUCUCUCUGAAAUGUGGAAAGCAGUCAUAUCAGCCAAACUAAUACAAGAGUCAAAUCAUAGAACAGCUUAGUAAUUUAAUUUUAUUUCUAAAGUGGAAUAGUUGAGGAUGGCUAAGUAUUUAAUUAACAUGCUCAAUGGAGAUCUUUGUGAAGAAAGUGUAUCAUAUUUUAACAAACAGCAGUUUUUAAAUAUAUCAGUUAUAGCCUCCUUGUUGCUCAUAAUUAGGUCAAAUUAUUUAGAUUAAGAAAGUUUAGUGAUGGAAAUGUAGAGAAUAAAUGUAAUGUCAUUUUGUUGUUAUAUCUGGACCACAAGUUAUGUUCUCUGUUUGAACGAUGCUGCAAUACCGAUGGAAUUAACUAGCAACUUUAUGAAGGACAAAUACCCAAUGAUCAAACACUGUUUUUCUCUCUCUCCAACAUUCCUGCCAAUCUCUUAUUGUCUUUAAUAUUUUCUUUCUUUCCCAGUUUGCAGGCUAUAAAUGAAAUAAAUUUUAGCCAAAAUCUGACAAAUCUUUUCCAAGUGGUUUUUAAA